AUGGAGCUGGGAGGGAGCCCCCCGUCCUGGGAGAGCCCCCAAAGCCCAGGGGAUCCCCAGGGAAUUCCCCCGUCCUGGGAGAGCCCCCAAAGCCCAGGGGAUCCCCAGGGAAUUCCCCCGUCCUGGGAGAGCCCCCAAAGCCCAGGGGAUCCCCAGGGAAUUCCCCCGUCCUGGGAGAGCCCCCAAAGCCCAGGGGAUCCCCAGGGAAUUCCCCCGUCCUGGGAGAGCCCCCAAAGCCCAGGGGAUCCCCAGGGAAUUCCCCCGUCCUGGGAGAGCCCCCAAAGCCCAGGGGAUCCCCAGGGAAUUCCCCCGUCCUGGGAGAGCCCCCAAAGCCCAGGGGAUCCCCAGGGAAUUCCCCCGUCCUGGGAGAGCCCCCAAAGCCCAGGGGAUCCCCAGGGAAUUCCCCCGUCCUGGGAGAGCCCCCAAAGCCCAGGGGAUCCCCAGGGAAUUCCCCCGUCCUGGGAGAGCCCCCAAAGCCCAGGGGAUCCCCAGGGAAUUCCCCCGUCCUGGGAGAGCCCCCAAAGCCCAGGGGAUCCCCAGGGAAUUCCCCCGUCCUGGGAGAGCCCCCAAAGCCCAGGGGAUCCCCAGGGAAUUCCCCCGUCCUGGGAGAGCCCCCAAAGCCCAGGGGAUCCCCAGGGAAUUCCCCCGUCCUGGGAGAGCCCCCAAAGCCCAGGGGAUCCCCAGGGAAUUCCCCCGUCCUGGGAGAGCCCCCAAAGCCCAGGGGAUCCCCAGGGAAUUCCCCCGUCCUGGGAGAGCCCCCAAAGCCCAGGGGAUCCCCAGGGAAUUCCCCGUCCUGGGAAUGCUGGUCCCUCCCAGCACCCACCUGGGUGCUCCCAGGUGGGAGCGCAGGGCUAG